AUGGAUUUUGGAGCCUUCUAUUCCCCUUCUACCCCUGUCUUCUUGUAUAUCCUUUCACGAGCUGCACUGGGACGGAACGGAGGCACAGAUUACUUCCACCCAGAACGGAUCGAGCGAGGAGCUUGUGGCGAGUGGGUGCUGCUGUCCCUGGCGAGCGGCUCCGCACGGCGAGCGCCCCCUCCCCCCGGUCAGCUCCCCCCGUUCAGCUUCCCAUCCCACGCUGUUGCUGCUCUUCCAAGCUGCACCUACAUCUGCAUCUCCGUGAACUGCUAUGCAGUGACCUUCCCCAUGGACUGCAGAUGGAGUGAUUUUAUUCGGCUCGAUCCAGAGCCUGAGGAUAGUGUAGAUGCAGUAGAAGAAAUUGGAGAUGUGCUUGGCAGUUCACAGCAAGCAUGCGAUUUACUUGUUAGUUCACAGUCUAUAGAGUGUUAUGGAGCUGUUAAUUGGGACAGACUGCAUAUUGAAAGUACAGUUGAUGAAGAGGGUGAGGGUGUGCUAGAUAUACUUAAUGAGGAUCAAUUGUUCAAUUUUUUGGGUUUGAGAAUUGAUGACGAUCAUAGGCAUGAUAAGCCUAGUGAGACCGAGGCGGAAGCCGCUGCAGAGAGGGACAACAUAGCUGUAAAUAUAACUACUGAUAUUGAUAUUGACACAACUGGUGCUGCAAUUCCGGUUGAUGAUCAUGUGCCAGGGGAAGGACUUUAUGGUUAUGAUCCUAACAAGCCUUGUAUGGAUAUUGGCACUGUGUAUCCAAACAUGAAGGAGUUUAGAUUGGCCAUGAAACAAUUUGCAAUAAAUGAGGAGUUUGAAUACCGCUUAGUCGCAACAGAUAAAAAUAGGUACAUUGCUGAUUGCAAAGAUGAUGAUUGUCCAUGGCAUAUUAAUGGCCGAAGACAACCUGAUGGGUCGACUGUGAAGGUUACAGCUUUGAUUAAAAGACAUACAUGUACUUCUAGCGCAAGGAGGAGGACCACCAUUCCAUCAAGUGGCUGGGUGGCAUCAAAGGCCAUCCAUCACCUCAAGAAGGAUUCCACCAUAGGCACGAAAAGAAUGAAGGAUCUGCUAGAAGAUGAGCACAACUGUGAGAUUCACUAUGACACAGUCUGGAAGGGAAGACAAAUGGCCAUGGAUGAGUUGUUUGGCAGCUGGCGACAAAGCUUCCAAAUGUUGUUCAAUUGGAGGGCAGAGGUACUGCAGCGAUCACCUGGAAGUAUAAUUGAAAUUGACAUAAAGGAGGUAGAUGGAGAAUUGUAUUUCCAUAGAUUUUUUUGUGCAUUAAGUCCUUGCAUUGAGGGUUUUUUAGAGGGUUGUAGACCUUAUGUUAGCAUCGACUCAACAUCACUUAAUGGUAGAUGGAAUGGGCAUAUGGCUGCAGCUAAUGCUAUAGAUGGUCAUAAUUGGAUGUAUCCACUUGCUUUUGGUUUCAUAGAUGGUGAGACAAUAGAUAACUGGACAUGGUUUAUGACUCAGCUGCAUAAGGCCAUAGGACACCUACCAGUACUUGCUAUUUGCACUGAUGCAUGCAAAGGGUUAGAAAAAGCUGUCAAAAAUGUGUUUCCUCAAGCUGAACAUAGAGAAUGCUUUAGGCAUCUAAUGCAGAAUUUUAUUAAAAGAUUUGGAGGAGACACAUAUUCAAAGAUGUAUCCUGCAGCAAGAACAUAUAGGCCUAGAGUUUUCAAAUAUUUCUUCGACCAAGUAGUUACAGGUAGCCCUCAAAUAUUGGAAUGGCUUGAAAACUAUCACAACUUGUUAUGGAUGAGAAGUGCCUUUAACCCUGAUAUCAAGUGUGAUUAUGUUACCAACAACCUUGCUGAGAGCUUCAAUAAUUGGAUCAGAGAUUGGAAAGACCUACCUAUAGUUGAGCUUGCUGACAAGAUUAGAGAGAUGAUAAUGACACUAUGGAACAAGAGACGUGCAAUUUCAGAGAAGCUUAAUGGAAAGAUCCUACCAACAGUACUACAACAAUUGAAAGCAAGGACUAGGGGUCUAGGAAACCUAACCGUUGUCAAGGCAGUGGCAGCACACUGGAAAACUUUGUCAGCAUGCCUUGUGCCUCAUAACAGCACAACAAAGUAUUAA